AUGUUGCGCUGGUCGGUGCACCUUGAAGGAGGGCCCAGGAGAGUGAACCAUGCUGCGGUGGCCGUGGGACACAAGGUCUACUCUUUUGGAGGCUACUGCUCCGGAGAAGACUACGAGACGCUCCGGCAGAUCGAUGUCCAUGUUUUUAACACAGUGUCUCUGCGAUGGAUGAAGUUGCCGCCGGUGCGCAGUGCUGAGCGUGUGCGCGAGGUGCCGUACAUGCGCUACGGCCACACGGCGGUGCUGCUGGACGACACCAUCUACCUCUGGGGCGGGCGCAACGACACGGAGGGGGCUUGCAAUGUGCUCUAUGUCUUUGAUGUCAAUACCCACCGAUGGAUUACCCCCAAAAUUUCGGGCACUAUCCCUGGGGCUCGGGACGGCCACUCUGCCUGUAUACUGGGCAAAGCAAUGUAUAUAUUUGGAGGCUAUGAGCAGCUGGCUGACUGCUUCUCCAAUGACAUCCACAAACUGGACACUGUGUCCAUGGUGUGGACUUUGAUCAAUGCCAGAGGCUCUCCGGCGCGGUGGAGAGAUUUCCACUCUGCAACCAUCAUCGGCACAAAGAUGUUUGUGUUCGGAGGCCGAGCCGAUCGCUUUGGUCCUUUUCACUCCAAUAAUGAGAUCUACUGCAACAAGAUCAAAGUGUUUGACACAGAGACCAACUGCUGGCUGAACACCCCCUCCAACUGUUGGGCCAGCACACCGUCCAACCAGACACCGGACGGCCGCAGGAGCCAUUCAGCCUUCACCUACAAAGGAGAUUUGUACAUUUUUGGAGGAUACAAUGCGCGUUUGGACCGGCACUUCAACGACCUCUGGAAGUUUAAUCCAGAAACCUUCUCUUGGGAGAAUAUUGAGCCUAAAGGAAAAGGCCCCUGUCCGCGGAGACGACAAUGUUGCUGUAUAGUUGGAGAUCGAAUAAUCCUGUUUGGAGGAACCAGCCCCUGUCCCGAGCAAGGAAUGGGAGACGAAUUUAACCUCAUGGAUCACUCAGACCUGUACAUUCUAGACUUCAGCCCUAAUCUGAAGAUGUUAUGCAAAAUAGCUGUUAUCCAGAACAGUCUGGAUCAGUCGGGCCUCCCACACGACAUCAGAUGGGAGCUGGCUGCCAUGACGACGAACAGCAACAUCAGCAGACCCAUCUUCUCGUCGCACGGCUGA